UAUUCCUGAAAGAUAGUGCUCCAGUAUACUGUUAACAAUGCUAAGAGGCACGUUUUCUGUAUUAAUUCUUUCGUUGUUGUCCUACUGCUACGCGCAAGAUUUAAAGUGCUCGUCGGAAUCCCAAUAUCACAUCCCGGAUGUUACGGCCAACUGGUAUAAAGCAAGCGAAUAUUGCAAUUCGAUUGGUAUGCGAUUGGCAGUUAUCUCAUCGAAUCAACAGCAGGAUAAUUUGGUGGCAAUGAUUAAAUCCAGCAGCAAGUACAACACAGCCAAAAUGGAAAUCUGGAUUGGUGGAAGUGAUUUGGCGAAAGAAGGAGAAUUUAUUUGGCAAUCGACUGGGGCCAAGAUCGGUUACGCCAACUGGAAUAAGAAGCAACCGGACAAUGCGGGAGGCAAUGAACACUGCGUUCAGAUUCGACAUAUCCCCGCGGUAAACUGGAACUGGCAUUGGAAUGAUCGGGAUUGCAAAGUGGCGACUUCCCACUGAGACGUCCAAAAAAUUGUUUCAAAAUCGUUCAACACGGGUCCAACGAUGGACGUUUGUUGAACGGUUAUUUGGACGUUGUCCAAAUUGGUCCAACGAACGUCCUUCAUUGGACGAUUUUGAAACCAACCGUUCUUAGA